AUGGCGAUUGCACGUUUCAUUCUCUUGCUGCUAGGCUUCUCUGCAGCGUGCCAGGCCCAUCCUGCGAAAAGUGGUCUUCAUAAAGCUUUGACGGCGGCUGUUACUUCUCGCUCUUUGCCCAAACAUGGCCCGGCUCCUCAGGUCACAACGGCUCCUGUCCUAGCCCUUAACCGCGCUUACGCGGGUAAAAAUGAUUUCCUUUCUACAGCGAAAGGAGGCUGGAAGGAUGUGCGGUGCAACAACCCAGGCCUUACCGAUGCUUUUGAUAAGGGAAAAAAGAGAUGGAAAGCCGCUCGAGCUGCAGGUGAGCAUUCCUGUUUGAACAGGACUUAUUGGUUCAGAAGAGCUCAUAAUUCGUCAACAGAACUAUGGAAGGAAGUUAUGGAUGCGUACAAAGACUUUCUUAAAAACGAUAAGAGACUGCCGAUGGGCGCCAAGUCAUUUGAUGCCUAUUUCGCCAAUGCCUUGCACUUGGAGGAUUUUCCGCAAUGCUGGAGAUACCAAGGAGAAAGGUGUACUGGCCUAGAACAAUGCGAAGAGACGGUUGCACCAGCUGUUUGGCUGAUCAAGAACUCCAUAGUGACAUUUGGUGAAUCUAUAAAUGGAGGCUUCGAACAGCUUUCUGGCGGUCUUGUCGGCGUCGAGGGAAACAUGGAAGGUUUUGCAUCCGCUUUCGCCAAAAACAAGAAAAAAAGUAUAUCUGAUAAAGUAUUCAAAUGGAUUCUCGAUUCACUUGCCUUUGCGAUCGGGAUCGGAUCCGCAUUCUCCUGGAACGUUUAUGAUGAUUACCGAGGUGCCUUCAAAGAUGUUUUCAACGCAGCCGUUGCAUACUCCAUUAUCCUACCUAAAGAUGGCGUGGUCCCGGAGACCGCCAAGGACAUUGUUCCAUUCCUCAAAGCCGUCGCAGCCGGAACAUUCAACGGCAUAACCAAAUCCCAUGCAAAGUUCUUAGAUGACACUAUCAGGGCACACAACAAGGGAAACCAAACAGUCCUAACCAACCUUUUGGCAAAUGGUGCCAUGUUAGACCUUGCCCUUAAUGAAAAGGACAGCUGGGAGACAAUGCAAGCCGAGGUUUCGAGAAUGUUCUAUGGAAGAAUGCUGCCAGUGACAUGGGAAUUGUCGCCAGUAAAACAAAGGCCAUUUGUAUUACGAGUGGACCGUGAGCAAUACAAAUGCGGAUCUCCAGUCAAGCCAUAUACGAUUACCAAGGAUUUCAAUUUGGGAAAUUAUAUGACUGCUGACACAGCGAAAAAGACUCAAUAUUGUGACAAAUAUGGUAAUACCUGGUUCUUACUGAACGCCAAUCACCCCAGCAGUUGUCGAAAGAACCCCCAGGUCCGCUUCUGCUCGGAACCACCAUAUUAUAAAUUCACGGCUUUACAGGGCGGUACUACUGAUGAAUUGGAUGGAAAGAAAUGGGGUGGAAUAACAAUCAAAGACAUUGUCGAGAGCAGCUAUGGUUUCUUUAACUUCACUGUCUGCUUGGAUGCCAAGGAAGCUGGUGACAGAAUAUGGGACAGGGAGGAGCAAGUAUGCCCAGAGAAACCUAGUGAUGCGCCAGUAAACCCGAACCCGAAUCGCAACGGAUACACGGAGGGCAUGUGCAGGAUUCACGUAACCCAAUGGGCAAGGGAGAAGGAAUCAAAAGGCACAAACCCCUUGAAGGACCAUUUCCUGGUUGCUACCGCAAUCAUAGACGCUGCAGGGAAGUUGAUUGCCCAGGCCACGAAGCAACCAAUUUCUCCUGCUUAUAUCAUCAAAUCUCCGUUGUCACGGACCUUGGCCGUCCGUGUUGGCUCCAAGGAAGACCACACCAAGCUUUGCUUCUGGUAUUCCGAUCAACGCUGGUGCUCCGAUGAUUGCUCGUUGGGUGGAUGGGAUGGCGGUAAACGCGAGAUGGACUGCGGUUUCAGAUGCCCUAACCCCAAAGAGAAGAUUCCUGACACCGCUCUGGUUGACGAAACGAAAAAUGCUCCCAUAGCCUUCAUGGGAACCGGCGAAGACCCUGAUGAGAUAGGGACAUCAAGAAAUUUUAAGCCCGGGAAAUGCCGUGUACACAUCCGUCAUUAUCAGAAAAACCAUGACGGUAAUUCUCAAAACCCGAGCGGCUUUUACGCGCUUGAAGUCAAUCUUUACGACGCCGGCGGCAGCCUUAUUGACUAUUUGGACAAAACGUACGCUCCGGAGGGCGAACACUUGCACGCUCAAGGGCCACUCCCGCACAAAGUAGUCCUGUGGACGGGUGCUGUUGAUUCCAACCCCAUAUAUCUGGCCUACACGUCGCAGAGGUGGGAUACAAAGAACAAGGGUCGUUGCAGCGAGGGUGGAUACGAUUCCGGCAUGCGUCAAAUUGACUGUGAUUUCGAUUGCUAA